CUUUGUGAGGUCGAUGGAAUCGCAGCAGCAGCCGCCGCUGCCGCAACCUGGCCCAGGAGUGGCAGCAACAGCGGCCUCGGACAAGAGCAAUGUCACAACAAAGACAUCGGCAGCCAAAUCGCGUGCCCGCCAUCGACGGAAGGAGAAGGACGAUACUGCGACCGACGCUGCUGGCGACGACUCGAACAAACGAAGAUGUGUGAGCUCGGCCUGUGUGGCCUGUCGCAAGAGAAAGUCCAAAUGCGAUGGGCAGUUGCCGUCAUGCGCAGCCUGCAACAGUGUAAGUGAUGCCGACUCGAUCAAGACGCGCAACUCGACUCUGCAAACCCUCAUUCACGCCAUACUCAACUACCCCGAAGAAGACGUGCCCGCUCUGGUUCGUGAGAUGCGCACUUGUGAGAGUCUGGACAAGGUCGCUGAGCGAGUGGCUGCCCGUGAGCAAGGUCUGGAUGUGGAUGAGUCGGACGAUCAAGAGGACGAACACUAUCAAAAUUCUACACACCCUUCUUCGACAGCAACGCCGCUUUUCGAGAAGCAAUUGUCCACUCGAGCGGGUGAGCUGAGACUUGACGAUGGCUCAGUCCGCUACAUUGGUGGCACUUCAAACCUGCUCUUUCUGCAAGCCGACAAAGAUUCGCAGUCCUCAUCUGUGUCAGAUGCAUAUCCUCAGCAGGAAAAUCCCGUCACAUCAUGGACAAACCAAACAUCUGAUCCUGAGCUGGUCAUGCAUCUUGUCAACAUGUACUUCACAUGGCAUUACACCUAUUUCACAUGCUUGCCCAAGCAUCUUUUCUUCCGCGAUUUCAUGCGAGGAAGGCCUCCGCCUGACACUCGUCGAAAAGUUGAAUAUUGUACGCCGCUGCUAGUGAAUGCUAUUCUCGCCCUUGGCUGCCACUUUACCUCAUCGCCUGGCGCGCGUGAGAACCCGGAUGACUCUGCUACUGCUGGUGAUCACUUCUUCCGUGAGGCGAAACGCCUCAUCAUGGACAACGAUGAAUACGAGAAGCCAAAGAUGACUACGGUCCAGGCUCUGGCGCUUAUGAGUGUACGUGAGGCGGGUUGCGGCCGCGAAGCCAAGGGAUGGGUGUACUCGGGUAUGAGUUUCCGUAUGGCUUCUGAUAUGGGGUUGAAUAUCGAUUCAUCUGGUUUAGGUCACGGCGCUGACCAUACUAUCGACCCUGAGGAAGAGGAUGCUCGUCGAAUCACAUUCUGGGGCUGUUUUCUGUUCGACAAAUGCUGGUCAAACUAUCUGGGUCGUCUACCUCAACUACCCAGCUCGGCCAUCACAGUGCCCAAGUUCGAUGUCUUUCCGGACGAAGAUAGUGCCUCUUGGGCACCCUAUACAGAUUCAGGUUUUAUGGGUGCACGAUCUCAGCCUGCUCGCACACGUGCAGUUGCUUUGCAGAUAUCAGUACUCUGUGAGAUCAGCAACGACCUCAUGCGACACUUCUACAACCCUAGCGAUAUGGACAANAGCCGCGGUCGGCAAGCCGAACUCAAGAUGUUGAGUGAUAUUCAUACCCGCCUUGAAAGCUGGCGUCGCAGUUUACCUGCAGAAAUGGAGCCCAAAGAAGGAGGGCUCAGCAGUGUUCUGACCAUGCACAUGUUUUUCCAGCUUCUAUUCAUCCACCUGUUCAGACCUUUCCUCAAGUACAAUCAGAGCACAUCACCCUUGCCUGCAAAUGUCAGUCCGCGAAGGUUAUGUACGCAAGCUGCAGGUAUGAUUUCAAAACUCAUGCGUCUGUACAAGCGAUCGCACGGUCUGAGACAGAUCUGCAACGUAACGGUGUACAUCAUGCACACAGCAUGUACUAUUCAUUUAUUGAACCUACCGGACAAGAACGCUCGCCGCGAUAUCAUACACGGCAUCAAACAUUUGGAAGAAGUUGGAGAAGGAUGGCUUGGUGCGCGCCGCACGUUGAGUAUCCUUGCCGUGAUGGCACGAAAAUGGAAGGUCGAGCUACCUGAGGAAGCAGCGACUGUACUCGCUCGUGCCGAGACUAAAUUCAGCGCCCAUAGCACAGACACGCCCAGUCCGAUGACGCAACGACCAUCCAUGAUGGCGAUGAUGGGGACAUCAGAAGCUCAGCCAGCACAAAGAGUACAACAGCCUCUCACGCAGCAGCGAACUGCGUGGUCACAAGCACAGCAAGCCAUACUCGCCAACGCCUCGGCACCGAUGUAUGGACAGAUUCCAUUCAAUGCUACUCAAUCGACCGCAAGUCCCUUCGCCCUACCUCCCCAAUCAGCCUCCGAUAUCCGCGCAACGAAUUAUCCUUCCGCACAAUCCACACCCUUUACGAACGGCCUCCAAACGAUGAACUCAGCAGAGUCGCCGACCAAUACCUACACUGCGGCCGCAAGCCCAUCAGACAUGUUCGGUGGCGUCGAACAACUACUACGCGACAGCCAAGACUGGGUGUUCCGCGAUCAAGCACAACUAGCAUCCGGCUUUGGAAACUGGGGUGGCGGGCUUGAUUUGAGUGUUCCGUCUUUGGGACAAAGCCCUGUUACGACAGGACCUGCAUUGGGUGCUUUCUCAUCUGCUGCAGCAUUUCCUUCUGUUAUUGGCAGUGUUGGCGUCGGAGCUCAGCAACAACAACCCCGGCAACAGCAAGAUGGGUUUGAUCCUAUGACGACUUAUGAUGAGAGAGAGUGGUAUCAA